AUGAAAAAAACAUUUUUAAAUAAUAAUAUCCAAAAAAACCUGCACUACAAGUGCCUAAAAAACACCAUAUGCUCAUUAAAAACAGGUCGUUGUCAUCAACUGCGACCCAACAACAACAACACUAGUCGUCGACAACAACAACAGCUAAAUGAUGCCAACAAUCAGCAAAAUAAGAGAAACAGUCUAUCGCUGCCAUCGCUACUUAUAAGUAGUAUUAGUAGUCCAUCAUCGGUAGUGUCAUCAUCAGAUCCAGAAGCCAUAACCAACAACAUAUGGACCAACAACUACUACCACACCAACAACAACAACAACCAUAACCAUAACCAUAACCAUUACCAAUACAAUUACAGCAAUGUAUCUCAAGCUGCCAACCAAAGUCAUACAUCUAGACUACAACCUAUCAAUGGAUCUAUUGGUGGUAACGAUGAUAUCAACAACAAAAACAAUUUCAUAAAUCAAAUUGUUUUACACACCACUGCUGCUGCACAACAACACCCACAACAACAACAACAACUGAUCUCUUCUUCAACUUCAUUAUCAUUGACUACCACUACCAACAACACCACAACCCCUACCACUACUACACCCGUCUAUCAAAUGGUGUCCAAACCCAGAGGUUUCUGUAUUAUCAUCAAUAAUGUCGACUUUGAUGAUAAUAAAUAUCCGCGACGUGUCGGCUCCGAUCACGAGUGCCAACGAUUGUCCGCAAUAUUUACGAAACUUUACUUUGAGGUUCGUAUCAAACAAAACCAACGACACCGGGAACUGUUGGCAACCAUGCGAUUGGUGGCCAAAGACAAUGAUCUCAGUCGUCACGACUGUCUGGUAGUGAUUAUACUUAGCCACGGAAACUCUGGUCAGAUGAUUGCCGCCGAUAAUCAGCCGAUACAGUUUGAAACCGUACUACAGAUAUUCAACAAUCAAAACUGUAUUCAAUUGAUUAAAAAACCGAAAAUGUUUUUCUUUAACUGUUGUCGGGGAUCGACACUGGAUUUUGGGCCACAAUUUACGGCCAUAAGUAACGCACAAAUUAACGGUUAUAACAACAAUAGCGGCGGAGGCGGUAGUGGUGGUGGUGUUGGUGUAGGAGAUGACGAUUAUAGCGGCAGUGGUGGCGGCGAUGAUAAGGACACACCCGAUGCCAUACAGUGGCCACAAGUGCCGAUAGUGUCCGAUAUGAUGGUCUGCUAUUCGACUAUCGACGGAUACGUUUCGUGGCGUAACGAACACCAGGGAACGUGGUUCGGGUCGGCACUGGCCAUGGCAUUGGAGGAUAAGGCCGAUAGUGCCGAACUUAACCAGAUAUUGACCAUUGCGUCGGAGAUUGUCCAUAAUAGGUCGACUAGAAACGGGGCCAAACAGGCCAUCGAAUGGAAGUACAGGGCCUGGACUAAGGCAUUGUAUUUUAAUCCAUGAUUGGGUUGGCCAGGGAG